CGCUGGAUGAAGGGUCCAAAGGGCACACAAAGGUGUGGUAGAUACAUGUGUCUCGUUGAGCACACAGGAAACCAGAAGAUAAAGCUAUAGUAUAUGUAAAAAUCUGCUUUCUGCUUUCUAUUAUAUUGUGAUUGAACAACGAUAAGAUGACCAAGUGGAAACUGAUUUUUUGCAGCCUACAUUUAAUAUCAGUGAUGUCUGCUGCUUUUGGAUUGGAAGUGAAGAUGAGUCAAGCAUCCCUUGAGGUUGCCCGGGGUGAUGAUGUCACCCUUACAUGUAAAUUUAAACCGAAAAAUCCAGAAAAUGAACUUAUUAUCAUCACAUGGAUGGGAGAUGAUUAUGGGACUUUAAAGAAGGUUGUUAUUGGGACCCAUUACUCUUAUAAGCCCUUAGCAGACAUCGGAAAAGAGUAUGAAGGUAAAGCUUCCAUAGAGACCAACCUUAACACUCAACAGUCAAUGCUGAAACUAAAACAAGUUUCAAUCAAGGAAAGCAGACCAAUCAGAUGUUAUGUUCAGAUUCCUGAGGACAUCGAGGGUCAGACAUCUGACUCAACUUUUCUUUUGGUUAAGGUUCCACCAUCACAACCCAUCUGUAAGAUAGGAGGCACACCAGAAUAUGGACAAAAUAUCAGCUUAACCUGUUUCUCUGAGGAGGGCUCUCCAGCACCUACGUAUAAAUGGGAGAGAUACGAUGUCAAAAAUGCCCUUCGACCCUUUCCUCCUAAAACCACUGAAAAGGAUGGCGUUCUGUCUCUGUUCAAUGCAUCCAUGGAGAUGUCAGGGUUUUAUGUCUGUUUGUCAAGCAAUAAUGUUGGAUCAGCCAAAUGUAACCUCACCUUAUCCGUAGUGCCUCCCUCUAUGAAUCUUGCUUCCACAAUAGGCAUCAUAGGUGGUUGUGUUGCUGGAAUUGUACUACUUAUAAUAGUCAUCUGUUGCUGUUGUCGCAAACGUAAACAGAAGCAAAAGGAGAUGAAUAUGGGAACUCCAGAAGUGGAAUUCCAUGACGUACCACAACUAGCUUUAGUUGAAGAAGAGUAUGAAGAUAAAACAAAUGAGAACACUGAUGAGAGGAUUUUGCCCAAAGUUUAUACUGACGAUGAGCUUAGAAAUCACCAUGAUGACCGCAAGGGAAGUCGCGAUGACCUCAGCAAUCACUACGAUGACCGCAAGGGAAGUCGUGAUAACCUCAGAGAUCAGUAUGAUGAACGCAGAGGUAGUCGUGAUCAUCUCAAAGAUUCCUAUGAUUACCGUAAAGGUAGUCGUGAUGACCUCAGAGAUUCCUAUGAUUACCGUAAAGGUAGUCGUGAUGACCUCAGAGAUUCCUAUGAUUACCGUAAAGGUAGCCGUGAUGACCUCAGAGAUCGCUAUGAUGACCACAGAAAUCGUUAUGAUGAACGUAAGGGUAGCCGUGAUGACCUCAGAGAUCGGUAUGAUGAACGUAAGGGUAGCCGUGAUGACCUCAGAGAUCGGUAUGAUGAACGUAAGGGUAGCCGUGACGACCUCAGUGAUCGUUAUGAUCGAAGAGAUCUCUACAAGUAACUUUCCAAGUUAGUAAUUUGGUAAUGAACUGUAACCAUGGAAUCAUUUAUUCUGGUGACUAAUCUUUUAUUAUGAUCUACUGUUUUGCUAGAUAGUAAACUGUGUUGUUGUAUGAAUCAUAAGGCUUGUUAGUUAGGCCUAUUAGGUGAAAUAAUUCAAUUAUAUUUUUUAAUUAUUGUAAAUAUUUUCUGAUUUGGUUAAUGAGGUUGGUUAAGCAAUUUGUGUUCAACAGUUAAACCUCACAAUUUUGUGUACUUUGACAAUUCGUUUUUAAAAAUAUUUUUAGCCUGUAUAUUUUUUAUAUGUUACAAAUUUUACAGUUGCUUUAAAGCGUAUUGAGACAAAUUGUAAUAAAAUGAUUAACAAAUGCAUAUGAUAAAUUACAUUCCAUAUAUAAAAUAAUUAAAAUGAUUUUAAAGCAUUGUUUUCA